CAAGCUCCCCCUCCAUACCAGCAGCGUCAUCGCCAGCUCCCAGGCCGCUCAAUACGGGACAACAGCGUCCCAUCAUCGCGGUGACCAGCCGAGCGAAUCCAUCAUGGCGCAAAUACCGCCCCAGACCCUGCAUAGGGAUCCCCAGCUCUUCUACUGGAUCCUCAUCCCCAUCACCAUCGUCAUGGUCCUGACCGGCGUCCUUCGCCACUAUGCAUCCGUCCUCAUGGCCACGACCCCGAAAAAGGCCGACAUCAAAGCCAUCCGCGAGCAGCGCGCCCUCGCUCACGGCGCCGCCCUACGGACCAACUACCACGUGCUGUCGCGCAAGUCAUUUGAAACCCGACGAGACUUUCUCAUUGAGGGAUUCGAGUCCGGGGCCUACCUCAAGGCGCCUAACCAGAAGGGCCAGCCGCCGGCGAACCCAAUGACGGACCCCAAUGCUAUGGAGGGCAUGAUGGGCAUGAUGAAGAACAACAUGGCCAUGAUUAUCCCCAACACGCUGAUCAUGAGCUGGAUCAAUGCCUUCUUCAGCGGAUACGUCAUCAUGAAACUGCCUUUUCCCAUUACAAUCAAGUUCAAGAGCAUGCUGCAGGCGGGUGUCCUGACCAAGGACAUGGACCCGCGGUGGAUGUCCAGCAUCAGCUGGUACUUUUUGUGCAUUUUCGGUCUGCAGUUUGUCUAUGUGUUCCUUCUUGGUAGUGACAAUGCGGCAAGCCAAAUUGCUCAGCAGAUGCAGGCCCAGCAGAUGCCCGUUGGACCCAUGGCUCCUGGACAGGAUCCGAGCAAGAUGUUCAAGGCUGAAGCCGAGAACCUGGCCGUCAUUGAGCACUACUCUGUCCUGGACGGCAUCGAGGAGCGACUGCUGGAGAGGAUCAAGGUGUAGACUUUGUAUAGCUGCUGUAAAUCAUCCAAUCAGGCACCAUCCCACCACAAACACACGCCCAGACCUUCGGCAGCCAUGCUGCCUUUGAUCUUGUAAGGCGUCUUCGCCGGCGUGUCUUCUGCUUGGGUGGGCCCGACUGGGGUCUGAUCGUGCCAUUCUUCGUCAAUGACC